CGGGCAGUUGCCAGUUGCCAAUUUGAUCGUCUCUUAUUAUGGCUACGGGUGACUCAACUCGGUCGCAAGUCACACCGUACUUGAUCUACCUCGUUUUUAUCGUGACGUUGGGCCCUCUCCAGUUUGGCUAUCAUCUGGCUGAGCUCAAUGCCCCGCAAGCCGUCGUGACGUGCGAGAAGAAAAGUAUCCAUGGCUCAAGCGCCGUUGUGAACGGCCUGCCACAAUGCAUUCCCAUGAACCCCUCUCAGUUCGGCCUAGUCUCGUCGAUUUACACCCUGGGUGGUCUUUUAGGAGCCUUGCUGGCAGGGCCGGUCUCGACCAAGUAUGGACGCCGAAUUGCGUUGCUCGCGACGACCGUCUUCUUUGUGCUAGGUCCCGUGGCAGAGACCCUUGCUCCCGCUAUCCCAAUCCUCGCUUUGGGCAGAUUCCUUUCCGGCAUUGGAUCCGGCGCAGCGAUCGUGGUUGGUCCGAUUUAUGUAUCUGAGAUUGCGCCGCCAGAGUCUCGAGGUUUCUUCGGCGCAUUCACCCAAGUCAUGACCAAUGUCGGUAUCUUGUUGACCCAAGGUCUUGGAUACUUCCUGAGCCAUGACAGUUUCUGGCGGCUGAUUCUCGGCCUUGCCGGUAUCAUUGGAGCAUUGGAGCUUCUAGGUCUCUUUACGGUCCCGGAGAGUCCGACUUGGCUCGCUGAGCACCACUCCGUGAGCCAGGCUCGCCGAGUCCUACAGCGGAUCCGCGGCAAGGAUGCCAAUAUCGAGGCCGAGACCCAGAGCUGGAGAAAUUCGGGCGCCCCCGAAGAAGAGUCUCUACUGGCUCCAGCGGCCGGCGCUCUACCCUCCAAGCAAGAGCCCGUGACUAUCAUGCAGGCCAUUCGUGAUCCCUUCUACCGGCCCGCCAUCCUCGCCGUUGUCGGCGUCAUGAUUGCCCAGCAAUUGACUGGUAUCAACAGCAUUAUCAUGUACAGCGUCUCCUUGCUACAAAGUAUCCUUCCUACGACCGCAGCCCUCUUAACCGUGAUAAUCUCGGCUAUCAACCUCGUCAUGACGCUGGCAUGCUCCCCAUUGCCCGACCGGAUUGGUCGGAAGACCUGUCUAUUGCUGAGUAUCGCCGGCAUGGGCAGUAGCUCGAUUUUAUUGGCGCUAGGGAUCUACUUUAAUCAACAGAUCGCAUCCGCGAUCGCCGCCCUAUUGUUUGUGGCCAGCUUUGCGGUUGGUUUGGGCCCAGUGCCCUUCAUCCUGGCCUCGGAGCUCGUAGGUCCCGAAGCCGUUGGCGCGGCGCAAAGUUGGGCGCUGGCGGCCAACUGGACUGCGACCUUUGUGGUCGCACAGUUCUUCCCCGUGCUGAAUGAUGCCCUCGGGGGCCGCGGAAAAGUAUAUUGGGUCUUUGCGGCGAUGGCGGCGCUUCUGGGGACAUUUAUUUACCGCUGGGUUCCGGAAACCAAGGGCAAGGCGAAUGCCGACGAGGUUUGGGGUCGGGUGGACCGACGAGAGGAUUAAGAUAGUAUCGUUGGCCUCGUUCCUGGAAAUCACGGACAUCUGGUUCUGGGCUGGUUUUCCACAAAGCCCAUUGCGGCCCACGCGAAAAAAUGAGAGCGCCAAGGUCCGGAGGAACAUUGUGCAUUGGAUCGGGUAGCGUAUUCUAUGAUAGCAUAUCUAGUCGUUAAGACUUGUCCCUUUUCAACCAAUUUUGGUUCCUCCUCAGUCAAUUGGUGGGGUUCAAUAGUAGUAGGAUGGCAUUAACGACACGACAGAGAAGUUCAUGGCACGACAAGGCUAGUCUUCAUGAGGAAAGCCCCCCUUUUCAAUACAGAAUGCUCCUGACAAG